AAAUAAAAGUGUGUUGUGACAAUAAAACGGUGCGUUUAGCGGAGACAAAAGAGAUUACCUCCUCCCAUUUGGUCUCGAGUCUCCCGUCCUAGCAAUUGGCAUCUUCUCCGAUUCAAAACUCAGAAAGAGAUCGUGACCCUUCAUCGAGAACAAUGGCGGAAGAUCUGGUGUUGGACACGGCGAUAAGAGACUGGGUUCUAAUUCCUCUUUCAGUGGUGAUGGUACUCAUCGGCAUCCUCCGCUACUUCGUUUCUAAACUCAUGCGCUCCGCUCAAGUCCCUGAUCUCAAAAUUGUCAAAGAAGGUCAGGUGAUUCUUAGGGCGCGCAAUUUACGUGCCGCUGCUAAUUUUAUACCUCCCAAGUCGUUUCGUGCUCGUAGGGUUUAUUUCAGUAACGAGGAAAAUGGGUUAUUGCAUGUUCCAAAAGGGCAGGCUCAAAAUCCACAAGCACAAAUGUUUUCUGAUCCUAACAUGGCAAUGGAUAUGAUGAAGAAAAAUUUGUCUAUGAUCAUACCCCAGACACUUACUUUUGCUUGGGUCAACUUUUUCUUUUCUGGGUUUGUUGCAGCCAAGAUACCAUUCCCACUGACUCAGAGGUUUAGGUCAAUGUUACAGAAUGGGAUUGACUUGAGCACUGUUGAUGUUAGCUAUGUCAGUAGUCGGUCAUGGUAUUUCCUCAAUUUGUUUGGACUAAGGGGUUUGUUUAGCCUCAUUCUUGGGGAAGAAAAUGCUACAGAUGAUACCCAGCGGAUGAUGCAAAUGAGUGGGUUUGGUUUUGACCCCUCAAAGAGCUUGGGUGCCGAGAAAGAUGGUCUUGACAUUAUUCAACAUGAAUGGGCUCUACCAAUAUUCGAGCAGCGUGCUGAAACAGUAUUGAGAAAUCUUGUUAGAUGAACAGUGUUGAGUGUUCCCCGAUGAUUUCUAUUCCAUUAUAAAUGGAGCUAUAACCAAAAUCAGCAAGACUUAAGAUUAUAGUUCUUGAAAGAGAACCAUUGUUGUAGUUUUGUAAUAUAACUGAAGAAACUUUUCACAUUGCUAGUUUUAUCAUCAUAUUUUGUGAAA